AUGCUAGUGAAAUUAGUCGUAGCUCAACUCGGGCUGGUCGGCUUACUAUGCCUAGCACCGGCUCAGGCUCAGUAUCGUGCCUCACCCAAGCUCGCAGGACCCGCUGCUCUGGCAGACAACUCAGCUGAUCCCAUUCUCAACGCCCUGGAUGUGGCCAUGGAUAAGAUAAGCAAUAUAUAUAUACAAGCGCUCCUUUCCAGCACGCAUACGCCCGAGCUGGAAAUAUCGCUGCGAGCUCUGGAACUAGAGCUGUACGAGCUGCUCGAUCAGCUCUAUAAGCAACAUCGCCUGAAGGACUAUAUGAAAUACGAGUCGGAAGUGUCGAAGCAAAUGAUUAUCUACAAUUUGCUAAAGGAACUCUUUGGCUAUACGCAGCACAUUGAGAAGUCAUAG